AUGCCAUGGACUCUUACACUUUUGGCUGAUGUAGCGAUCUCCAUCCGCUAUAGAAAAUUAUGGUUCCCCUACAGAUAUUCUGCUCUCAAUGUUGCUUCCUUGACUGUGUUAGCUGUCGCAGUGAAGUUGUUAGUGGAUCUAACUAUCCCGAUGAAAGGCAUGCCUGAUCAAGCCGCUAAAAGUAGUAGCACUGCUUUCUUGUGUGUUUCAACCACUCAUGUAAUGCCUUCUUUGGGAUCCAUGAGGGAUAGAGAAAUAUUAGUGAACUUGACAUCAUUGGGUAUCCUUAUAGUGACGCUUUCCGUAAAUGUUAUCAUCCAAGUAUUCACGGUCGUGAUUGAAGAUGAUUUCCAAGUCGUGAUUGUCAUUAUGAAUGUUUAUGAGUUCAUUGUAUUUCGUUCUUCUGGUUUAACGGUAUUUACAAGUAAAAGGUAUUUGGAACAUAAGUACAACGAAUUGAGUACAUGA